CGGCCGCCUCCUCUCGCGAGAUUUGGUAGCAGAGCGUCGGGACGACGUGAACUCGUGUCAGGAGUGGAGGAGAGUUAUUUGUAUUAUCGAGUGUGUGUUUGCGGAUGUGAGGGGGUGUGUGUGUGUGUGUGCGCGCGCGUGUGUUUGCGGGACAACGAGUUGUGUUGUGUGCGCGUGUGUCUAACGCAAAGCUGGCGGACUUCGACAUGGCGUCCGGCGAAACGCUGUACAUAGAGACGGACGGCGCGGACAUGCCCACGGAGAUCGUGGAGCUGCACGAGAUCGAAGUGGAAACGAUAGAAACGACGGUGGUCGGCGGGGACGAGGACGAGGAGGACGACGACGAUGAACAUCAGCCCAUGAUCGCGCUGCAGCCGCUGGUGACCGACGACCCGAGUCAGAUCCACCACCAGGAGGUGAUCCUGGUCCAGACCCGCGAGGAGGUGGUCGGCGGGGACGAUUCGGACCUCCGGGCGGACGACGGCUUCGAGGACCAGAUCCUUAUCCCGGUGCCCGGCGCGGAGGAGGAGUACAUCGGACAGACUUUGGUGACAGUCGCGGGGAAGAGCUCCGUGGGGCGUAUGGGGAAGAGGUCGGGCGCGGGCGGCAAGAAAUCGGGCAAGAAGAGCUACCUGAGCGCGGCGGAGGGUACCGGGAGAAAAUGGGAGCAGAAGCAGGUCCAGAUCAAGACCCUGGAGGGGGAGUUCUCCGUGACAAUGUGGGCAUCGGAUGAUAAGAAGGACAUUGAUCAUGAGACAGUGGUUGAGGAACAGAUCAUUGGAGAAAACUCACCUCCGGAUUAUUCGGAAUACAUGACCGGGAAAAAACUUCCUCCUGGAGGAAUCCCGGGAAUCGACCUGUCUGAUCCCAAACAGCUGGCGGAGUUUGCCAGAAUGAAGCCCAGGAAGAUCAAAGAGGACGACGCGCCCCGAACGAUCGCCUGUCCACAUAAAGGCUGCAGUAAAAUGUUCAGGGAUAAUUCAGCCAUGAGGAAACACCUCCACACUCACGGCCCGCGGGUUCACGUGUGUGCUGAGUGCGGGAAAGCCUUUGUGGAGAGCUCGAAACUGAAGCGUCAUCAGCUGGUUCACACUGGAGAGAAACCCUUCCAGUGCACUUUUGAGGGCUGCGGGAAACGCUUCUCGCUGGACUUUAACCUCCGGACGCACGUCCGCAUUCACACCGGGGACCGACCCUACGUUUGCCCGUUUGACGGAUGCAAUAAAAAGUUUGCUCAGUCCACCAACCUCAAAUCGCACAUUCUGACACACGCCAAAGCCAAAAACAACCAGUGAGCGCUUCUGUGUGUGUCCUAAAGCCCCGACGCUAAACGCAUCUUAGCACUGGAGACGUGAACCGACGCUCCGCACGGUCGCUCGCAACCAAUCAAAGAACCCGAAGGAACUUCCGCAAGUUGUGGUGACCCCUGCAUUCAUCUGGUCCAGGAGCAGAACCAGACCCACACUGACCUUCCCGAAGCCUUCGCGUUCAACAAGAAGCCACAUUUCAGACGCUUUUUACCACAAAGACCACAGAAGAUGACAUUCGGACUGUAGUCUCAUUUCUCACCUUUUACUUCAGUCUCCCUGCUCCUCGUAGACAUAAAGCUUUUAAUUUUGUAUUUCUCAAGUGUGCAUAUUGUACACUUCUUCCUGGGAUAUGUUUAGUAAUGAUCAUGAAUGAUCCCUGACGGUUUUCGAGUGUUCUUCACAGACGGGGUGAUGAUAUUAGUUACUGUACAAUAAUGCUCAAAGUAUUUUUAUGUACCUUUCUUUGUGUUGGCUUUUGGUGUUUUGUAUGGUUGUAUUGGAACCAUUAAAUGCUGGCGUGAGAUCAUGUAGAAUUGAGUGGCAGUGAGUCGGCCGUUUGUUUUCUGCUUUCAGAAUGAGUUGACACCCAUCUCAGCGCAGUAAACUGAAGUGUUAACUGUUGAUGUUUUUCUUUGUUAGAACGUCUGUAAAAAUCUGAACUAUCAACUAUCCUUUGUUAAUAUUAACACUUCAUUUGUAUUUCAGUGAGCUAAAAUUAAAAAGAGGGGAAAUCCUUUGUCACAUUCGUUUGCAUGAAAGCUGGAAGUGAAUGAAGUUUUUUUAACACUGACAUAUGUUAGAAUAAAUGGUGAGAUUUUGGGCGGCAAAUUCAUUCUUGUGUCUUUUUAAAUCUCUACGGGACUCUUUCUUCAGUGGAACACAAAAGAAGAUAUUUAGAGAAAUGUCUCCGUUGUUUUGUGUUCAGAUAAUGGAAGUCAACAGGGUUCAGUGUUGUUUGAUGAUCAACUUUCUUCAAAAUAUCUUCUGUUGUGUUCUGAAGAAGAAAGUAACUCGCACAGGUUUGACAUGAGGAUUAAACAAUGAUCUCUUCACAGGAAGGGUUAUUUAUCUGAAAGGUCACGCAAACAAAAGAUAAUCGAUGAAAGUGUUGUAAAUGAUGAGGAUUGAUGGUUGUAAACUUUAAAGGCAGACAUCUCUUCACUUCUGUUCAUUUAUUGGGUAAUAUACUUCACUCUUUAAAGAUACAUAUAAAUAUAUAAAACCAUAUUAACCUUUUUAUUUCAUCUGUUGGUUUAUGUUGACCUUUAUUUAAAGGAAGUGAUUCAAACAAAAUGGGGCUUUAUUGGUGAUAAACAGGUUUUGUCCUUAAAUGACCUCUUGGUCUUGUUAUGUUUUAAUGCUUGUGUGGUGUUUGAGUCUCUGACGCCUGUUCUCAGUGAAAUGACAAAAUUUACUUGUCUGUGUUGCAUCUAAUUGAGAAAAACUAAACAAAUGUUAAGUAUUUUUAUAUA